CACUAUUUCUACGUCCCUGAGUUUAAGAAAUUUUAAUAAAAAAUAUGUAUUCUCUACUGGUGUGUAUUUCCGUGUUAUUAUACGUAUGUGCAGAAGAAUAUGCUGGAUAUGAUCCCACAGGAGGAGUGUCAGCUCAAAAGAAGUUGAAGAUCGUCGAUACACACAAAGCGGACAGUUGCAGCAUGGAAACACAAGAACACGACAAAAUCCAUUGGAACUACAAAGGCACGCUACUAAAUGGCCAUGUUUUCGAUAGUGGUCAAUUCUGGGCGCGACUGGGACAUGGUGACGUCAUCACUGGUGUUGAUAAAGGGAUGAGAGGGUUAUGCGUGGGUGACAAAAGGCGUAUGACAAUACACCCGGAUUGGGCGUAUGGAGAUCGGGGUGUACCUGGUACAAUUCCACCCAAAUCUGUUCUGAUAUUUGAUGUUGAGCUCUUGAGUAUCGAGAGGCCUGGCGUUGGAAAAGUGACUCUUGAUGAUGUCAUAAAAACAAAAGGAGGAGAUUCUAAGGACGAUAACAAGGACGGUGGAGUGUCAAAAGAAAAUAAAUUAAAGUUAGAAGAUGUAUACAAGGUAGAUGUUGAGAAAUGCAGCAUGAUAUCCGAAGAACACGACAAAAUCCACUGGAAAUAUAAAGGUUUGUUAUUAGACGGUCAUGUAUUCGAUAGCGGUGAAUUUACCGCAACAUUGGGACAUGGUGACGUCAUCACUGGUGUUGAUAAAGGAAUGAGAGGUUUAUGCGUGGGUGACAAAAGGCGUAUGACAAUGCAUUCAGAUUGGGCGUAUGGAGAGCGGGGUGUACCUGGUACAAUUCCACCCAAUGCAGCGUUAAUAUUUGAUGUUGAAUUGCUGAGUAUUCAGAAGCCAGACGGAAGAAAGGCGAAUGUAGAAGAAACUAUUACUCCGGUCUCUGAUCAGGAUAAGUUAAAGAUUGAGUAUUUACAUUCCGAGGACUGUGAAAUACGUUCACAAGAACACGACACGAUUGAGUGGGAAUACAAAGGUACAUUCUUGAACGGUACAGAGUUUCAUAGCGGCACUUUUCAUGCUGUUCUUGGGACGGGCAGUGUCAUCUUGGGCGUGGAUAAAGGAAUGAGAGGAAUGUGCGUUGGUGACAAGAGACGAUUAAUUAUACAUUCUGAUUGGGCGUACGGUGACACAGGGCGUCCAGGUUCCAUUCCACCAAAAGCAACGUUAGUUUUUGAUGUACAUUUGACAAAUAUUAGACGAGCAGAUCCUAGGAAAGCAGAAUUGUAAUUUAUUUUUAUUUGUAGCUAGUUUUUUGAUAAUCGGAAAAAACUAA